AUGGCGACCGGGCCCUUUCGGGCGGGGGGGACAGGGGAAGGGGUGGGGGAAGGUGAGACGCUGUCUCAGCUGCCGCCGCCGCCGCCGCCGCCGCCUCAAGGCGUGUGGAAAGGGAGCCGGAGGGCUUGCAGGAGAGUCCGGGCUGCGCUCCUCACGACGGUGCGUCAGGGGAAGGCAGCAGCCCCCGAAAGCGACCCUCGCUCCCUCACUCUCCGUCGGGUCUUGGGACAGAAGCGUUACGGGCUAAGCAAGCGCUCGCCUCCGACACCGCCACCCGCCAGAAGCCGUCAGCCCCCCCUUCGAGCUCUGACGCCGCUCGCCGCCACCGUCGCCGCGACGUGUGCGCGCACGCUCCUCGCGCUCAGUUGUUUCCCGCGGGGGCUCCACCAACUGGCGUCCAACUGUAUCUGCUCCACCCGCCCCGCCCGGGCGGGGUUCCACCCUAACGGCUCUCGGGCGCGUGCACGCGGGCUUCUCGCGCCCCUUUCCCCCAGAUCUCGCGAGACUCUGGUUAUCGAACGACCCUCGAGCCGGAUCUGCCCGAGGCGCCAAACCUCGCGCUGCCAGCUGCGAGGGGGCUCGUGCGGUGCGGCGCCGGGUGCUGGCGAGCCGCGGCCAGAUUGGCAAACCUGCCAGAGCGUUACCCCGAGUCGGAAGCAAGUGGAGGCCUUGCCCGUCGGUUCGACCGAGGUUAGCAGUCUUCGUAGCUCCUUACAGGCAUGUUUCCAACGCUCACUCCCUGGCCCAUUGACUCUUUCAGGGGCGCGCCCAGAAUGUCGUGCGCUCAGUCUUUCCCCCCGCUGCCGCCCUGACCUACAAAAGGAGCCCUGGAGAUGGGACGUCUGGAUCACCCCCCUUCGUCGAUGCGCCGAGGCCAAUCGCCACCCCUCCCCCGCCCCCCACCCCGAAUUAGGAGAGAAGUUUGAAGAAUAAGGCCUUUUCAGUGUGUCGGCAGCAUUGACCAUGGGAAAGCAAGCCAGUGUUCGUUGCUUGACAUCAUCGCCUUGGAUUCAAAGUCCUAGCCGACUGAUUGCUAACUGGGACCUUGAGCAAUUUCUUUCUUAAUAUCCUGUUUAUGGAUAUAAACACAUAAUUUAUAGCAUUGCUGUGAGGACUCAAUAAGCUAACAAAAUGCCUGGUCAUUUUUUAGACAUUUUUGUAAAAUAUUAAUGCCUUAAAGUGAGACCUAGUUUCUUCCUAGACACUUGGAAAAGAAAUAAUGGUAAAUUUUUUUCAUUAAAAAUUUGGGUGCGGGGCGCCUGGCUGGCUCA